CUGAAUAUGGACAUCGACAAGCUCCCUUGUUUUUCCUGAAGUCCUCUUUUUGCUUUCAACACCAAAGGACUAGUCAUGUGACCCUUGAGAAUGAAGUAGAUUCUGAUCCUUCUUCUAGCGACUCUUUCGAACCAGUGUCUCCAGAAUUCCAUGGGAAAGAAGCCAUCAGAAUCAGAAAUCUUAAAAAAGAAUAUACAGGAAAGCAUGAAAAAGUAGAAGCCUUGAAAGGUCUUGUAUUUGACAUAUAUGAAGGCCAGAUCACUUCCCUCCUUGGUCACAGUGGAGCUGGAAAAACCACCUUAUUAAACAUACUUAGUGGGCUAUUGGUUCCAACAUCAGGUUCUGUCACGACCUAUAAUCACACACUUUCAGAAACGUCUGAUUUGGAAACUGUCCGCAAGUUCACUGGAGUUUGUCCACAAUCCAAUGUGCAAUUUGGCUUUCUCACUGUGAGAGAAAAUCUCAGGCUGUUUGCUAAAAUAAAAGGGAUUCUGCCAGAAGAAGUGGAGCAAGAGGUACAAAGUGUUUUACGGAACUUAGAGAUGGAAGAUAUUCAAGACAAUCUUGCUGAAAAUCUAAGUGGUGGACAAAAAAGGAAAUUAACUUUUGGGAUUGCCAUUUUAGGAGAUCCUCAGGUUUUGUUAUUGGAUGAACCAACUGCUGGAUUGGAUCCUCUUUCGAGACACCGAAUAUGGAAUCUCCUGAAAGAAAGGAAAUCAGACAGAGUAAUUCUCUUCAGUACCCAGUUCAUGGAUGAGGCUGACAUUCUGGCUGAUAGAAAGGUGUUCAUAUCCAAUGGGAGGCUGAAGUGUGCUGGCUCUUCUCUAUUCCUGAAGAAGAAAUGGGGCAUUGGCUACCAUUUAAGUUUACAUCUGAAUGAAAUGUGUGAUGCAGAGAGUAUAACGUCACUGGUUAAACAGCACGUCCCUGAUGCCAAAUUAACAGCACAAAGUGAAGAAAAACUUGUAUAUAUUUUGCCUUUGGAAAGGACAAACAAAUUUCCAGACCUUUACAGGGAUCUCGAUAGAUGUGCUAACCUAGGUAUUGAGAAUUAUGGUGUUUCUAUGACGUCUUUGAAUGAGGUGUUCCUGAAACUAGAAGGAAAGUCAACUAUUGAUGAAUCAGAUAUUGGAAUUUGGGGUCAAUUACAAAGUGAUGGGGUGGAAGACACAGGAAGCCUUGUUGAGCUGGAACAAGUUUUGUCUUCCUCCAGUGAAACAAGGAAAACAAUCAGUGGCAUGGCACUCUGGAGGCAGCAGCUCUGUGCAAUAGCAAAAGUUCGCUUCCUAAAGCUAAAGAAUGAAAGAAAAAGCCUGUUCUCUAUGUUAUUGCUUUUUGUGAUUAGCUUUUCCCCUCAACUUUUGGAACAUUUAUUCUAUGAGUUAUAUCAAAAAAGUUACUCUUGGGGACUGUCUCCCAAUAUGUACUUCCUCUCACCAGGACAACCACCACAAGAUCCUCUGACCCAGUUACUGGUCAUCAAUAAGACAGGGUCAAACAUUGAUAAUUUUAUACAUUCACUGAGGAAACAGAACAUAGCUUUGGAAGUGGACGACUUCGGAACUAGAAAUGGCAUGGACGAGCCAUUAUACAAUGGUGCUAUCACUGUGUCAGGUGAUGAAAAGGAUCACAGAUUUUCAGUAGCAUGUAAUACCAAAAGGCUGAACUGCUUUCCUGUUCUCAUGGAUAUCAUUAGCAAUGGGCUACUUGGAAUUUUUAAUUCCACAGAACACAUUCAAACUGAUAGAAGCACAUUUUUUGAAGAGCACAUGUCUUAUGAGCAUGGGUACCUGAGUAAUGCCUUCUGGAUACCAGUGGCCGCCUGCUUUACUCCUUACAUUUCGAUGAGCAGCAUUGAAGACUACAGAAAAAAAGCAUUUUCCCAGCUCCGUGUUUCAGGCCUCUACCCUUCUGCUUACUGGUUUGGACAGGCACUGGUGGAUAUUCCCCUGUACUUCUUGAUUCUCCUUCUAAUGCAAAUAAUGGAUUACAUUUAUAGCCCUGAUGAGAUUAUAUAUAUAAUUCAAAGCCUCUUAAUUCAGAUCCUGUGUAGUAUUGGAUAUGUCUCUUCUCUUGUCUUCUUGAUGUAUGUGAUUUCAUUCAUUUUUCGCAAUGGGAGAAAAAAUAGAGGCAUUUGGUCACUUUUCUUCUUAAUUGUAAGUAUGCAUCCAGUGCAUAUUAUUUUAUUUUACAAACAUUUUGAAUAA